AUGUUAGUUUCUUCCUACUCACAACAAGAUCUUCUCAAAAUACUACAAGAUCCCGCUUUGUAUCAACAGAAACAUAUGGAGAUUCGAAAUGAUUUGAUUAAACAAAUUAGACAACAAGACCUCGUCAUAAACGAUUACAAUAACGAAUUGGAAGUAUGUAAAACUGCCAACAAAGCUUUCAAACAAGCCUUAUCUGAAAUCGGUACUGUGGUUAUAUCGGUUGCCAUGGGUGAUUUAUCGAAAAAGGUAGAAAUUCAUACAGUUGAGAGUGAUCCGGAAAUCUUGAAAGUUAAGAUCACGAUAAACACCAUGAUGGAUCAAUUACAAACAUUUGCCAACGAGGUGACCAAAGUUGCCACUGAAGUUGCCAAUGGUGAAUUGGGAGGACAGGCCAAAAAUGAAGGGUCAGUUGGUAUAUGGCGUUCUUUGACAGAUAAUGUCAAUAUUAUGGCUCUUAAUUUGACUAAUCAAGUUAGAGAAAUUGCUGAUGUUACUCGAGCUGUUGCUAGAGGAGACUUGUCGCGUAAAAUCAAUGUUCACGCUCAAGGGGAAAUUUUACAAUUACAAAUGACUAUAAAUACAAUGGUGGAUCAAUUGAGAACUUUUGCAUUUGAAGUAUCUAAAGUAGCCAGAGAUGUUGGUGUCUUGGGUAUUCUAGGUGGACAAGCUUUAAUUGAAAACGUGGAAGGUAUUUGGAAAGAAUUGACCGAUAAUGUAAAUGCCAUGGCGUUGAAUUUGACCACACAAGUGAGAAAUAUUGCUAAUGUUACUACUGCUGUUGCCAAGGGUGAUUUAUCAAAAAAGGUUACGGCUGAUUGUAAAGGUGAGAUUUUAAAUUUGAAAUUGACAAUCAAUCAGAUGGUGGAUCGGUUAUUGAAGUUUGCUUCCGAAGUGACUACACUAUCAAGAGAAGUCGGUACUUUGGGUAUAUUGGGAGGUCAAGCCAAUGUUCAAGAUGUUGAAGGUGCUUGGAAAGCAGUCACGGAAAACGUUAACCUAAUGGCUACAAAUUUAACUAACCAAGUAAGAUCAAUUGCCACGGUUACCACUGCUGUUGCUCAUGGUGAUUUAUCGCAAAAGAUUGAUGUUCAUGCUCAGGGUGAAAUUUUACAAUUGAAAAACACCAUCAACAAGAUGGUGGACUCCUUGCAAUUGUUUGCUUCGGAAGUGUCAAAAGUCGCUCGAGAUGUCGGUAUAAAUGGUAAAUUAGGUAUUCAAGCUCAAGUUAGUGAUGUUGAUGGGUUAUGGAAGGAAAUUACCUCCAAUGUCAAUACAAUGGCCUCAAAUUUGACAUCACAAGUGAGGGCUUUUGCCCAAAUUACUGCUGCUGCCACGGAUGGUGAUUUCACUCGUUUCAUUACAGUUGAAGCUUCAGGAGAAAUGGACGCAUUAAAGACAAAGAUUAAUCAAAUGGUUUUGAAUUUAAGAGAAUCUAUUCAAAGAAAUACUGCUGCCAGAGAAGCGGCCGAAUUGGCAAAUAGUGCCAAGUCAGAAUUCUUGGCUAACAUGUCGCACGAGAUUAGAACCCCAUUGAAUGGUAUUAUUGGUAUGACACAAUUAUCUUUGGAUACUGAAUUGACGCAAUAUCAAAGAGAAAUGUUGUCUAUUGUUCAUAACUUGGCAAACUCGUUGUUGACGAUCAUUGAUGAUAUUUUGGAUAUCUCCAAGAUUGAAGCUAAUAGAAUGACUGUUGAACAAAUUGACUUUUCAUUAAGAGGUACUGUAUUUGGAGCAUUGAAGACAUUGGCGGUCAAAGCUAUUGAAAAGAACUUGGAUUUAACAUAUCAAUGUGAUUCUUCAUUCCCAGAUAAUUUAAUCGGUGAUUCAUUCAGAUUGAGACAAGUUAUAUUGAAUCUUGCUGGUAAUGCCAUUAAGUUUACCAAGGAAGGUAAAGUUAGUGUGAGUGUUAAAAAAUCAGACAAGACAGUGCCUGACUCGGACAAGUUGUUGUUGGAAGUUUGUGUUUCUGAUACUGGAAUUGGUAUUGAAAAGGAUAAAUUGGGAUUGAUUUUUGAUACAUUUUGUCAAGCAGAUGGAUCUACUACUAGAAAAUUCGGUGGUACCGGGUUAGGUUUAUCUAUUUCCAAACAAUUGAUUCACUUAAUGGGUGGGGAAAUUUGGGUUACCUCGGAAUAUGGUUCAGGAUCGAAUUUCUACUUUACCGUCUCGGUAUCACCUUCAAAUAUUAGGUACACUAGACAAACUGAACAAUUAUUACCAUUUAGUAAUCAUUACGUGUUGUUUGUGUCUACUGAACAUAGCCAAGAAGAAUUGGCUGAGAUUGAAAAUGCUAUUGUUGAAUUGGGUUUGAAUCCAAUUAUUGUCAACAAUAUAGAAGAGGCUAACUUGUCAGAACCAAUCAGGUAUGACAUUAUCAUGAUCGAUUCAAUCGACACCGCGAAGAAGCUACGCUUAUUAUCGGAAGUGAAAUAUAUCCCAUUGGUUUUGGUGCAUCAUUCGAUUCCUGAAUUAAAUAUGCGUGUAUGUAUUGAUUUGGGUAUCUCAUCUUAUGGAAACACCCCAUGUUCAAUGACUGAUUUAGCCAGUGCAUUGAUUCCAGCGUUGGAAUCACGUUCAAUCUCACAAAACACUGAUGAAUCAGUCAAGUACAACAUUUUACUUGCUGAAGAUAACUUGGUGAAUCAGAAAUUGGCGGUACGUAUAUUGGAAAAACAUGGUCACCAUGUUGAAGUUGUUGAAAAUGGGUUAGAAGCAUUCGAAGCUAUUCAAAAGAAUAAAUAUGAUGUUGUUUUGAUGGAUGUGCAGAUGCCAGUAAUGGGCGGAUUUGAAUCAGUGGAAAAGAUUAGACAAUGGGAAAAGAAAUCAAACCCAAUUGAUUCGUUGACUUUUAGAACUCCGAUUAUUGCAUUAACUGCUCAUGCAAUGUUGGGAGAUCGUGAGAAAUCGUUAGCUAAAGGAAUGGAUGAUUAUGUAUCAAAACCAUUGAAACCAAAAUUAUUGAUGCAAACGAUAAAUAAAUGUAUUCAUAAUAUCAAUCAAUUGAAGGAAUUAUCAAAACAGAAUAAUAAUACCGAUUUCGCUAAAAAGUUAAAGAAAGGUGUCAUUCAAUCAUCAACAACUAAUAGUGGUGGAGGAAAUGGUGGAAGUGGUAGAUCAAGGACAGAUUCUAAUACAUCUGUAUCUUCCCAUGCAUCCAAUGCUAGUUCGCCUUCAAGGUCAUCUCCUGGAGGAUGUGGUGCAACUUCAGGAAAUAAUGCAUCGUAUUCUACAUACCAACAGUAUCAACACCAGUACCCACCAGCUUUCAAUCAAUCGAGAUCCUCACCUUCGUUGAAUGUGACCUCAAGUGGAUCACCAAGGGACUCACAAUUCAAAGCCAAUAAUAACAUCUCUAGCAGUAACGAUUAUUCACAUCAAGGAGGCUCCACUGAGAAUGGUUUAUUUGCCACAUUGGCAGCUGGUUUACGACCAGGACAAUUGAAUCUGAAUAAUCGAUCAGUUACUGAAAGUGUCUUGACUUUUACGUCGAGUAAGAUUACCGAAUUGGGUGAUGGUGAUGUGGAUGUGGAUGUGGAUGUGGAUGUGGAUGUGGAUGGUGAGCGAGACGAUAGAACUGCUGUUGCUGCUGGUGGAUCUAGUGAUGUUAAUGGAGAUGAUAUAAUGGAUAUCGAUGUGCCGAGAAAUUAA